AUGCGGCCGGGCCAGCCCCGCCGCCCCCCCCUCCCCGCGCACGCGCACGGUGCCGCCCCGGCGCCGCCGUCCAUCUGCGCGUGCGCGGCGCGCGGGGCCCGCGGUGCGCGGCGCCGUCCGGCCGGCGGUGCAUUGUGGGCGCGGGCCGAGGCAGUAAAAUGGGCGGACCUGGCGAACGAAGCGGCGCGCCCGGGCACGGGCCCGCCCUCGGGAGGGCCCUCUCCCGGCCGCCUCGACCCCCGCGGACGAGCGGCCGGACAAAGGGAGCGCCCGGCUGGGCCGCCGCGCUGUCCGCGGGGCGGGGGCCGGGCCGGGGCUGCGCCUGCAGGUGCCUCCGCUGGCGGUGCCGCCCGCGGGGGCGGGACGGUGCUCCCUGGGCGCGGACGGCGGGCCCGGGGCCGGGCACGGGCCCCGGGGGGGGCUCGGAGCCGCUUUGGGCCCCGCCUUGUCCAGGUGCUUUUAGGACUCAUUGUCCACAACUUUCACACCGCUGUAAAUCUUUCCUUCGCUUACACCCGUGUUAAUCCUUUCUCUAGCUGGGAGAAUAAUAGAACCGGUUAUAUAAAACGAGAAAAACCUGCCAUUGCUCCACCUGUCUUUGUAUUUCAGAAGGAUAAAGCACAGAAGUCCCCUGCAGAGCAAAAAGCUUUGUCGGAUUCAGGCGAGGACCCCCGGGGAGAGGUUGAGCCCCUCCACCAUGGUGUGGGUCAUGCAGAACCAGCUGGUGAGCGCGACUCUGAGCACCCUGCUCCCACUGUGGCCUCAGUCAGUGCUGCCCUGAGGCCCGCUGCUGAAGCCCAGCUUGCUCCUAUUCAACAAGAACUGGCAGGGAGAUCAGCAGAUGGAUCAAGUCCAGAAGAUGGAGAUGAAUCUGAUCGAGAGGAUGGAAAUUACUGUCCACCUGUAAAACGUGAGAGAACUUCAUCCUUAACUCAGUUCCCUCCUCAGUCAGUAACAAAGAACAAUGUCUUUAUGCCAUCAAGCUUCUGUGAACCCUCUACAGGCAAUUCUGACUCAGAACCAGAGGAGAAGAGCAGUGGAUUCCGGCUGAAGCCACCGAUACUUAUCCAUGGUCAGGCACCCAGUGCAGGUCUCCCCAGCCAGAAGCCGAAGGAACAGCAGCGCAGUGUGCUCCGUCCAGCAGUGUUACAGGCCCCACAGCCCAAAGCUUUCUCACAAAUGGUGCUUUGCAGUGGCACUAAUGGUGUAAAUAUCCUGCCAGAUUCUGCAGCCACAUCAGAAUUACCAAGUGAUGCAACACUGAAAAGUUCUGACUCUGAAGAGAAGGCAGGAGAAUGUCAGAAAAAGGAGUCCAACAAUGCUUCAGAUAACAGCUGUGAAAAGGCUGAACUAAAUGCACAGCAAGCAUUUGUAUUUGGGCAAAACUUAAGAGACAGAGUCAAGCUGGGAGAUGAGAGCGACGAAAGCGCCGACGUGCAGAACUCUGGCCUGCCCACAGCAGAUACACCUUCUGCCACCAACUACUUCCUACAGUACAUCAGUUCCAGUGUAGAGAACUCUACAAACAGUGCAGAUGCAUCGAGCAACAAGUUUGUUUUUGGACAGAACAUGAGUGAGCGAGUCCUAAGUCCACCAAAAUCAAAUGAAGGUAGUACAGAGAGUAAUAAGGAGAAUGCUGCUACAGAGUCUGGGUCUGAAUCGUCUUCUCAGGAGGCCACGCCAGAGAAAGCUAAUAAUAUUUCAGAAUCACUGGCAGAGUCUGCAGCAGCCUAUACUAAAGCCACAGCAAGGAAGUGUUUGUUAGCCAAGGUAGAAGUGAUUACUGGGGAGGAAGCUGAAAGUAACGUCCUACAGAUUCAGUGCAAGCUGUUUGUAUUUGAUAAAAGCUCUCAGUCUUGGGUGGAAAGAGGUCGAGGCCUCCUGAGACUCAAUGAUAUGGCCUCAACAGAUGAUGGAACGUUACAGUCUCGACUGGUGAUGAGGACUCAGGGGAGUCUCAGGUUAAUCCUAAAUACCAAGCUCUGGGCCCAGAUGCAGAUUGAUAAAGCCAGUGAGAAGAGCAUCCGGAUCACUGCCAUGGAUACAGAGGACCAGGGAGUUAAAGUUUUUCUUAUAUCAGCAAGCUCUAAAGACACAGGGCAGUUGUUUGCUGCUUUGCACCAUCGCAUCCUGGCCCUGCGGAGCAGGGUGGAACAGGAGCAGGAGGUUAAGAAUGUAGCACCUGAGCCAGAGGUAACACAGUCAAACGAGGAAGACAGUGAUGAUGAUGUCAUUGCACCUUCAGGAGCAGUUGGAAGUGGUCCUAAUGAUGAAGGUGAUGGGCAGAACGUUGGCAGCACAUAGCAGAUGUGAGCCAACCUGCUUGCAAGGCUGCUAUGAACACCAUCUUGCAGGCAUCUCUGGGUACCCCAGGCCAGCGAUUAUUUCAGGCAGUGUCGAAGGCUCCAGGACUAAAGAACUGUGCAUCCCUGUUCUGUUUGUUUGAUUUUUUUGGUCUGGAUCAGUAGAUUCCACACAAAAAAAAAAGCAGACUUGGAAACUACCUGAAUGUGGUUUGGGACGUUGAAAGCUCAUCAUAUUGAUGAGCAAAAAAAAACCAACAAACAAAACACACAAAAAAAACAAACACAAAAAAAAAACAAACACAAAAAGAAAACCAACCCCAGAACAAAACAAAAAAAUCCCCCAGCCAACCCCAAACAUUUCCCCCUCUUCCUUGUAAUUAAAAUGGCACAUUACAGCUUGUCACAGCUUUUCAUUGGGACCUUUUGACUGUUUCUUCAGUAGUUCGUGUCUUGCAGGCGCCUCCGAGAUAGAAAGAACCUUUUGAUGCGGUUCCAACUCGAAUUCUGCUUUUGCAGCCUCUGCUCCCCCUCGUGCAGGGAAGCCGUGUCCUCACCAGUUCCUAUGCUCACUGGCUGCCCUUUUGGGUUUCUCCUCUUUUUGGACUGCAGAUGGGGCAGGUUAUGUUUUUCCCUUUCAAUCCCAGCAGAGGUUGUGGACACCGUUGCUCCCUGUCUGGUGGGUUUGUAAACAGAGAGAAACAAAACAUUGUGGUUCACCAGAAAAGCUUUUUUUAACGCAGUCAUAAGAGACUUCAGAGCCCGCAGGAUGUUUUGCUAACUCCUUUCUUUCUUCCCAUUUCAUUAUUAUUAUUUGGGGAUUUAUAUUGUGGUGAAACUUUUUUUUAUUUUAGUUUUUUUCAAUAAGAUGCUCUUGUGUGUUGAAAAAGUGAAACUAUUGUUUUGUACUGUUCUGUUACUAUUUAAGGGAGAGCUAAGCCACUAUAAAUAAUAGAUGUUGCAUACAAUUUUUCUUAGAAAAUUAUGUUUCUGUGGCUACAGUAAAGUGUAGGAGGCAUACAGGUUACACCUUCAGAAAAGUUGAUGAGGAAAUAGCUGUUAGCCCUUGGAAGAAUAAAAUAGGCUCAUGUAAUGAGCUCUGCCAGCCAUUAAAAUAAAUUGUAUAAUAAAGCAGCUCAUUUAAUGGCUUGAUUCAACAAGCCAUUUAAGCACUUGCCUGACUUAACUACAUGUGAAUAAUCUUACUGAAGUCAAUGCAACUCUUCAUGCUUAAAGUUGAGGACAUUUUUAAGUAUCUCGCUGAAUUAAUGGCCUUAAAUAGAAAAUAUAACUUCUAACCCUUCCUGUCCCUGUUCUGUUUCCUUUUUCCCUGUUCAGUCUUGCAGCAUGAAGAAAAAGGUAAUACUGCCAGCCUUGAGUAGUUUGGGCUGAAGGUUAUUGUAUUCUGUUCCACCAAAAUAAAAGCAAGAAUGUGUUUUCCUGUGUGUAAUUCUGAAGUACUCCUACUGUAACCAUAACUCUUUUUUUUGUUUUGUUUUGUUUUUUAAUCUUUUGAGCUUUUCGUGUGAAAGUUGAGUUUUAUUUUGUUAUUAAAACAUACAGUAUGUUCUUGUCCAGCAAAGUUGGAAUUUGGUAGUCACCAACGACAGUGACCAGAUCACUUUCACUAUAAAUUCCCCAAAUUGUUCUACUUUCUUUAUAAAUAGUUUACUGGCAGAUAA